AUGACGAUCACCGAAAAACCCUCAUUAAGAGGCAAACAAGCAAAGCUAUUGGCGAGUAAUAUAGAGCUGCAAGAAUCAAGAAAUGUGGAAAAAUUGGAACUAACAAGAUGGCCAACGAAGCGAAGACAACUUAAAUUGAGGUUACUAUCUCAUCGUCUGCUCGCUCAGCAUGUCAUCGACCCCGUAAGCCUAACGAUCUAUUCUUUUUCAAGAUACACGCCUUGUGACUUGCCGGAUUAUGACGAGCCAAACAUUUCUGAACUUUCAUCGAUUGUCAACACAUCAGCCAUAUCACCAUUAGUGAAUAUUGCUCUCAUGCCUUCGACAAAGCGGCGAAAGGCGGUUCCGCAUCAUAACACGUUUUCUUACGACAUUGAUACAGAUUGUGCCCUGGCUGUUGAGAUUCGAACACUCAUAGAUCGCAUUCAAUUCGACAGCAGAUCUCGUUUAAUAGAGAAAGGAUAUCUGGAGAUAUUUAUCAAAGAUCAGUUGGGGAAAUUAUUGGAUGUCCUAGGACUGCUGUUUAAACAUGCUUCAACGCUACGGUCUGUCGAACGGCAUCGGAUAAACCAUCUACCAUAUAAUUCUCUUGCUUCAACGUCACAAAUGCCAUCUCAAAGCGUUUCCUUGGUACGUCCAGACGACGAUGAACAGACAAGACAAGUUUUACGCAAUCAUACAGAGCAAGUAAUCCAGCCGCAACCGUCUAACAGGGAAACCAGUCAGGUAGUCAUUACGUGGGAACAUGUUUUAUACGCAGCUCAAGCCAUAGGGUUGCCAGACAAUGUGAUAGAGGCUACUUAUGAGAAAAUAGCCCCGAAAUUUGAUCCGGGAAGGAACUUUCUAGGACUUGAGAGUUCAAAGUUUCAAAGCAUCAUCGAAGAAGCUGAUAAUUAUAUGAGAUAA